GAGAAAAUAAACAACACACUUCUUGUAGAACGCAGAGGGCAAUCUAAUGAUUUCAGCAACAGCAUGAACAUACCGAUAAAGGUGUUGGUGCGAAUUGCACCAGCAACGCUCGGCCAGGCGGACAACAAAACGUCCACCCAAACGAUAAACCACCACGCGCAAAACCAGGAAGAAGAUGAAAACUGUCUCAAAUGCGCCGGAGGGCGAACGUUUCGCUUUUCACACAUCUUCCACGAACCGAUCAGCAAUCAGGACUUGUACUUUGAAUCGAUAGCUGGUUUGAAGGAAUCGGUUCUCGAAGGAUAUGACUUCUCUGUCGUCACUUACGGUGCCAGAGGGACGGGCAAAACGUUCACCCUUUACGGUUGUAUGAAUGACAAUCGCACAGCAACGAACGACGGUAUUGUGCUUUGGUUUGUGCGCGAUCUGUUCUGCCGUCUGAAGGCACAUCCGGAGCGAAUGUUUUCGAUAAGCAUCGCAUGGAGCGAGAUUACCGCCGAGGGGGACGUAAUCGACGUGCUGGAAAACGCGGCCAUGGUACAGUGUUUCUCGGCGGAAGACACCUACGCACUGCUGGGGUUCGGUUUACAGCGCCGUAAUGAGGAAAACCAUAGUAUUCUCAGCCUCGUGCUGGAACAACAGUGGACCUCCGUAGGAGGCCUUAACCAACAUCGCCAGUCGACGGUCAGCUUUUGCGAUCUGUGCGGCACGGAUCGAGAAAUGAUCGAUGGGGAACUGGUACCGGCAGAUAACGGCUUGCGCAAGCUAGAGGACAUCGUUAUUCAUCGUAACGAGCAGUAUAACGAUUCCGUACUAACGGCCUUUUUGAAGGACUCGUUUGGUGGUCGGGCGCAAACCCUACUCCUGCUGUGCGCUACAUCGUCUACCAUCGCCGAAUCGGAAAGCACACUGCGGGAUUUCGAAUUUGGCGAGCGUGCGGAGGAAAUCGUAAACCAUGUCGUGAUGAACACGUUUUCCGACAACAACGUGCCGAUUGUAUCUCUCAACGAGGAGAUCGGUGGCACGAACGCCAACCUGGACGGACUCUAUUUUGCCUCCCAGCAGUGGGCGAAACUGUUGAAAAAUGCCGAAUGUUUAUUCACCAAGCUGUUCAGCACGUGCGAGCUGAACCAAACGGAGCGAAGUCAGAUCGAGGAGUGGCUCUACCUGAAGGCGGAGUGUGACGAUUGUUUCAGCUCUACCGACAUCAGUAUUCCGGCUGGUACGCAACCGGCCCGCGCCUGUCUUGGCCCCAUCGAGGAAAUCGACGAGGUCGAAGACACGAGUAACACGCUGCACGGCAGCGGCAAGGAACACGCCUUUCCGUCGGAUAAUGAAAGUGAUUCCGAUAUCGGUACGCAUCUGACCGACGUCAGUGACCGUAUCCAGGGCUACAUCAAAGCGUUCCAAAUGAAAACGAACACCUUGAUCAUGGAAAAGUAUCAGGAUUUUUUUCAAACACAUCCACUUGCGGUGGCGACAGCGGAAGAGCAAGUGCAGAACGAUCGUCCAGCUGAUGGUACGACGGUCGGGAAUGGUGCCGGUGCGGGCGCAUUCCACAAUCCAGCCCGCAGAAAAUCUAUUUUCGACAGUGAAACAGUCAGCAGCACCGAGCUGGCUCUUAUGCUGCCAUUGAAAGCGGAAUCACAACCGGCCGUGGCGACGGCCAUGGAUAAAAAGAUCGACACGCUUAGCAGCAAUUUGCGCAUCUGCCAGGCGAGCAUCGAAUCGUUGCACGCGCAGAUCGAAGAAAUCCGCCGAACGAUCGCGCUCAAGCAAAAGUACAUCACCGAUCUGAUCGAAAACAGCGAGACGCGCUCGGUGGCAAAGUCACGAUUUAGCAAGAAAAAGCACAAGCUGGAGGCGGAUUACGAGAAGGCUAAAAAGCAGCUCCGUAAGGCAGUCGUCAAUGGGACGGAUAAGGAAGAAAUCAACCGACUGAAAAGCCAAACGUCUCACCUCGAGCAGCGUUUGAAGGACCUGGAGUCGAUCGGGUUCAUAGCGGGCGAAUCGGGCCACAAAAAGAAGAAGCUGCAGCAAUCGAUCAAGGACUCGCAGAAGCAGCUGGACGUGCUGCAGCGCAUGCUGAAAAAGGAACUCGACCGCAAGGAGACGCUUGAACGAGAGCUGGAAGCAGCUCAGAAGGAGUCGCGUGUGGCUCGCUCGAAUAGCAACAACACCAGUGCGGGGGCGUUGCAGGAGCUUACGACAGAGAGCAAGAGCAAAAUUCGCAACAUGAACGAACGCAUCUCGCACAUCGAGCACGUGUUGAAGGAAAAGUCGAGCAAUCUCAAGAAGUACGUCAACAAAAAGAGCUCGGAGAAGGAAUCGCUGCGGUGCGAAAUUCGUAAUCUGCGCCGAACGCGCGACCAUCUGGUCGAGCAGCGGUGCCAGCUAGAUCGGAAGCUGCGCGAAGAGAAAAUGCCCUCGUUUGAUGAGGAGCGGAAACUGGUUGAGUGUGACGAGGCUAUCGAAGCGAUCGACGCGGCGAUCGAGAUGAAGAACGAGCUGAUCUGUGGCCGUCGCAGUAUCGACACGGACGAGAGCCUGCAGCGUGAAAAGGGUGAACAGAUGCUAAUGGCACGGCUUAACAAGCUGUCACCGGAUGAAAUGCGCACACUGCUGUACAAGUACUUCCAGAAGGUGGUGGAUUUGAAGGAGGCUAGCCGCAAGCUGGAGCUACAGUUCAUCGCACUCGAACGGGAAAAGGACGCCUGGGAGUGGCAGGAGAAGAUACUCACCAACACUAUUCGUCAAACGCGCCUGGAGAAGGAGCGAUCGAUCGUGGCUCUCCAGAAGCAACACGAGACUAAACUGAACCUGAUGCUGCGCCAUUUCGCAGCCGACACAUCAGCAUCGAUUUCGAGCACGAUCCCGGAUAAUGCGCUUCCGCCGUACCACACGCAAACUGCCGAGUUAGUGCUGGGAUCUGGAUCCACCCGUUACCAUCACCAUCACACGGUGCAGUACGAAUCGGACGGCGGUAGCAGCAGUGAGCCACUGCUAGCCGGGCACACUUCCAAGCAGCUCGCACACUACAAGGCACAGCACAGCGCAGCAACAGUUCCCGUAUCGGGGGCAGGGGCCGGUACGACAUCGGCCCUCCUUACCCAUCAUCACCAUCACGGCAUUGGCGGAACGACAGCACCGAUCGUGGUACCGCUUGUGGAAAAGGACCACCGGCCAAAGAGUAAACUGUUUUCCAAGCUGCAGGUACUGUCGCGCUACCAUGGCAGUGAUAAGCGAAAAAUUUUCCAGGCGGACAUUCCGCAGCAGAAUCUCAAACAGCUGCAGGGCGCAUCGAGGCCCUCGCUGACGAAAGUAACGCGUGAAAAGAACAAAAUUAUCAUCCAAAGCGAUGGUGGUAACAAGUGAAUCUUACAUCGACGGACUCUCUAAAACAGGAAUAUUUUACAAGUACCGGAGAACGGUGUCAUCGUUUCUGUGUUAGUUUGUGCAAAUGUUAGGACCCUACGUUUAAAUACGGUGUAGAAUAUACACACGGUAAAAACACGUUAUACAGUAUAUUCACCAGAAAUUCUUCAUGCACCACACAUUGACAAACUGAUGCAUUUACUUAAUGGCAAAUAGAGUGAGUUAAGUGAAAAUAAAAUCAUAGUU